AUGAAUGCCUUAACUUCCCGUUUUGAAAAUAAAAGACUUGUUGUAAAUGCUCAUAUUCAAAAUUUACUCAACCUAGAAAAAAUAAACAAUGAAUCUCCAAAAGAAUUACGAAAUUUAAUAGAUAAUUUCAAAAAAAAUCUACGCGCUUUAAAGGUGCUAGAAUUUGAUCAAAAUAACCUAUCAGAAAAACUUUUGUCUCAUUUAUUUUUACAAAAGGUUGAUAAAGAAUCUUCUAAACAGUAUCAAAUGUCUCUUAAAGGUAAAGAUGUUGAAAGCUUCGAUCAAUUGCUAGAGUUUUUUGAAACUAGGGUGUCAAUAUUAGAAACCGUGAGUAAAAAUACACAAACUAAACAACCUCUUAAAAACCUUGGCCCUUCGUCUCGAAAAAGCAAAGCGUUUGUAGUUCAAAAUAAAAAUAAUAAACCGAGGGUAUGUGUUUUGUAUAAAAACAACCAUACAUUGUUUUGGUGCGUUGGAUUUCAUGACAUGAGUGCAUCUGAAAAAUUGAAAUUUGUAGAGCAAAAAGUACUUUGCAAAAAUUGCCUUAAUGCUCAUGUGGGGAUCUGUAAAUCAAAAUAUGUGUGCUCUGUUUGCAAGGGCAAACAUAAUACCUUGUUGCAUAAUUCUUUAGAUGAAGUUUCUCAUACCAAAAUUAUUUCUGACUCAGUAGGUCGCAAUUUACGUAACUUUUUGGACUCCUCGCAAGGAAGUUCUACUGUUUCUGUAGGUCAGCAAAGUAAAUUUGACAGCAAAACAAGUGCGACUUUAGUAUCUCGCACACAACAAAUAGGUAAUUUGAUGACAAAAUUAAAUGUGUUUGUUUUAGGAAAGGGCAACAAUCGCGUGGAUGUGACUUCGUUAAGUGAUUCAUGCUCUGAUAUAAAUCUCAUGACGGAAAAGUUAGCAGAUUUCUUGGGACUUAAGAAAUUGCUAGUCAAGAAUUUGUCUUUAAGUGGGAUUGGUGACCAUUCUGUACCAAUAAAGUACAAGGUCAUUUGCUGCAUUAGCAAUGCAGAUAGUACUUUUGAAAAACAGAUUGAAUGUUUUCUUGUUCCGCAAGUCGCGGCAAAAAUUCCGUCUAAGUCUUUUUCUAUAAACGAAUGUCAAAUUCCUAGUCACAUUGUGUUGGCUUGUCCAAAUUUCUAUAAGAGUACGGACAUAAAAUUGUUGUUAAAUAGUAGCUUGUUUUUUGAAAUUUUGCGACCGGCAAAACUGUAUUCUGAGGAUAAGAAAUUAAUAUUUCAGGACGGUGUUUUCGGGUACCUGUGUACUAACAGCACACUACAGGAAACAGAUUUAAUUAACUGUUAUCUUACGCAAAAUUCUAAGUUAGACACUUCUUUGGAGAAUUUCUUUAAAAUCGAGUCUUUUCCCGGAGAUAAUAUUGAACCGACUAAAACGGAAGACGAAAAAUUUUGUGAGGAACAUUUUGUUAGAACUCACUCUAGAGAUAGUACAGGUAGAUAUAUCGUAAAAUAUCCAAUGAGGGAGAACGCGGAAUCGUUAUUAGGUUUUUCAAAACUUACUGCAGAAAGACGAUUGAAUAGUAUUUGGGCCAAAUUGAAUAAAAACAAUACUAUGGAAAAUUUGUACCGGAAUUUUUUGGCUGAAUAUUUGUCGUUGGGACAUAUGGAAGAAGUGGAGGAUGUCGAAGCUGAUGAAAAACCGGGUAGGGUAUAUUAUAUCCCACAUCACCCAAUAUAUAAACCGGAAAAUAAAUCUACACCUCUGCGGGUAGUCUUUAAUACUUCGGAAAAAACCUCAUCAGGAUAUUCUUUGAAUUCCAUUCUUCUAUUCGGGGGAACUAUUCAGCAAGAUUUGUUUUCGAUUGUGCUAAGAUUUCGUAAGCAUAAAAUUGCCUUUUGUGGGGAUAUUCGUAAAAUGUACCGUCAGAUACUAGUGCAUGAGUCGCAAAGAGAUUUGUAA